UAGGAGUUAUUAUAAGGGAGAAAUAUUUUUGAAAAACUAUUAAUAGAUGGAGAAUAUAUCAAAAGAUGUACCUAUUUCUAAGGAAAAACCAUUUUCAGUACCAUUUUCAGUUAAAAAUUAUUCUACAAAUUCAGGCACGAUUCCAAUAUCAGCAGUAGCAGAAUUACAUAAUGCACUUGAAUCGGAACAAGAAGCGAUCACGAAUAGCCUGCUUAAGCGUUUAGACCAACUUAAAUGUGACAAAAUUCGUAUUGAAUCAGAACUCGAAAUUGAAAGUGAAAAUAUUAUGAACAAAUUAACACGGGAAUUAAAUCAAUUGCGUACUUCACAAAACCACUCUUCAGGACCUUUAAGUUCUCCAAAACAGUCAUCUAUUAGCUUUUCAACAAAUACUCUUAAUUCUCCAACACGUCAUGUACUUCCAAAAAGAGAUGUUAUACCUACUUCACUAGUUCAACCAUCUUUACCUUCUCGCUUAACAAAUGAAAUCAUACAUAAUUCAAGCACUAUUGAAACACUUAAAACGGAAAAUAAUACAUUAAAAACCCAGCUUAAAGCAUUAAAUGUGGAAUAUACUGAUCUUAAAUCAGAAAGAGAUUUUCUUAAAAAGAAAUUAGAUGAAAUAUGCCAGACAUAUAAUAUUUCUAUAGAUGAUGUCAUAUCGACUUAAUUUUAAUAUCAAAUAUAUUUUAUAUAAUGAAUUUUGCUUUUUCA